AGGCUGCCACUCUGUUGUUUGAUUUCCUUCUUGCUACAUAAAUUUCUAGUAGCUAAUUAUUUUGUAUUUUGAGUUGUAGAGAUAUCGAAGAUGGGUGGCUGUUUCAGUGAUAUGGAGAGCCAUGAUCGGCGGCGGUACCGACGGCAGCAAGACGUGGUGCUGAUGCAGCCAAUCCUGAACCUACGGCAAGAAACUUACGCAUUCUUAUCGGAAUCAAAAAUUUAGCUUACUGAAGAGUAGCACUACUAAUGUUCAAAAGUUGUAUUUUGUGCACUUACACAGUAGAUCUAUGCAUUCACGUUUCUCAAGGAUGAAACCGACCUUCCAGUUGCUCUUGCCUGAUGAUCAGACUCAUAUUUAUCAUAAUCAUUGAUGAAAAGAAGCUGCAAAAGCAUGUUCUUGAUCUUUCUAAUCAUCGCACAGGGUCAAGUGGUUGGGCACAAUCAAAUAGCUGGAAGGAUGGAUGCGAAUGGGCAGAUAGUAACAGCAGACGGAACCCCAGUCGCCGCGGGUGGUCAGAUGUUAAGGUGAUAGUGCCGAAGUUUCAACGAUGCUAGUACUAUAAAUAAGUAGGUGAAGUACGAGAGAGAAGCCCAAGUCCUGGUGCCUUGGGGUCGAGGUCAGAUAUCAAAUGCAAAAACAUAAACAACUCAGCCGAUCUCAAAACCUGUUAGACCAAUGCGUAGCAAGGAGGAAGCGACUGCAUUUUUCGAAGCUCUGGAGGCAAGAGGACAAGAAACCGAGAAAAAUGUCAACACAAAACGAGAAGGUGAGAGUACCAACAGUUCUAUAAUAAGUAGUGCGAGGAAUCAUACAUAGGUAGUAGCAGUACCAAUACUCUCGUUCCAAAAGAACUCUAAAGCCGCCGCCAGCCUCGAUGUCCCCUCAAGAAGGACAACAGAUUUUUCGACCAUCAGCGGUAUCACAAGGGGGACCUUCUGCGGGUAUGGUGGCCCAACCGAUGCCAGGAAUGCAGCAGCAGGGAAUGGUAUGAAGUAUAGACGUUGUUGUUGAAAUAAUGACGUUUUUGCUGAAAUGCAUGUGCAUGUGCUACAGAAACUUAGAAUUUUCAAGUGAAUACGAUUCUUAGGUACCGCAACAGAUGGCACCGCAACAGAUGCAACAGCAGAUAAAACCUCCACCUGCAUUAACCGGUCGCUGCAAAGCACUGCUUGUUGGGAUCAACUAUCGUGGAACAAGAGCAGAGCUGCGUGGUUGUAUCAAUGAUGUGCAAAAUGUGUACCGCUUUUAAGGCUACCGCUAAAGCAUCCUCAGCAUCAUCCACCAAACCGGACAACUAGGACUACGUAAAUUUUACCUUAUAGUUAAAAAAGAGGCGAAGGAUGCACCGAGGGAGGCUAACGCGGUAGCUCUAACGCUUACUCUCGGAGACUUUCAAGUGGAAACCAGAUCAAAUCCGUGUGCUGACCGACGACGGCAACGGAACUUUCGGAGAGUACCCAACGAGACAGAAUAUCAUGUUAUGGUAGGACGUCAUCUUUUGAGCAAAUAGACAGAGAGCGUAUCAUGUUCACAUGAUAUUAGGGGAGAAUUAAAUUUCCAACAAAAAGAAGCGUCAUCAAAUCCUCCACGUCCUUUCACCUUCUAAUGCUUGCAGGCCUACGAUGGUUAUCGCAGGGCGUCACUCCUGGAGAUUGUUUGUUCUUCCUCUAUAGCGGUCAUGGCGCGCAAAAGGAAGAUCCACACGGGUAAUAAAACGAACUUUCUUCUUAGUACGCAUAGAUGCCUUUUGUGUCCACGCAUGCAUAGUCAUCUUUUUUUGUGUCCCUUUUCCCCUUUGCUUGUGUUUUUUGUAGGUCUUUUUUCCCUUUUCCCCUGUGCUUGUGUUUUUUGUAGGGAGGCAGUUAAUAAUGCCUACCAGGACCCCGAAGCUUUUUCUUGAUAAACCAGGUAUGAAGAAGACGGUAUGAACGAGACGAUUUUGCCUUGUGAUUUCCAGCGCGCAGGCAUGAUCACUGAUGAUGAAAUGUCAGACAUUAUCUGCCGCCCUUUGUUAAGGCUACUGUCACUGUGUGGAUUUGGAUAAAAAACUCAGACAGAAUUGUGUUCCACAUGAUACUUACCCGUCUAAGAUCUAUAGUACCUUUUCCGAACAAAAUAAAAAUCGAGGCCCUUGGUCUAAAACUGAUAUUGGUGAUUCUUUCUAGGACUCUGAUUUUGAUUCUUUCGCACAGGACUUUGAUUCUGAUUCCUGCUCGGAGGACCCUGAGACCCUAGGUUUGAGGCAUGUCGCUCUCCAGGUUUUAGAGAAGAGAGUGCUCUAACUUUACCGGAAGGCGUACGGCUAACUUGCCUGAUGGAUUCUUGUCAUAGCGGAACGGGUUUAGACCUGCCAUGGACCUGGAUUCCUGGAAGAGGUACGUCGACUUUUUUACGGCAACAUACAUUCAGAUGUAGUACUCAACAACGCAGUUAUGAUCCAAUUUUAGACUCAUGGGGAUCUAAAAAGCAGGUGUAUUUCUUUCACUCCUCAAACAGGUUGGCGCGAAGACACGAACCCGUUUCAUACGCGGGGCGAUGUGCAGAUGCUUUCGGGAUGUGAAGAUAGCCAAACGUCCUCGGACGGCGGGUCCUACUACGGCCAGAGGGCUGGCGCAAUGACUACCGCUUUCUGUGAGGUGAUGAGGGCGACAUAUCCUCGUGGACAGGCUUUGAUUAUGAUGGGAGGAGUUCUUCAUCAACGAACUGUACAACAUUCAUAAGUACUUCUAAGUACUUUGAGUCGUGGCACAAAUAUCUACUAGUAGUUGAUGACUUGUUGAUAGUGAAAAAUGUAAAAAGUCAAUUAUAAUCUUCAGCUUCCUGCCUCUACUAACAUGUGCUAUGAUCAGUUGCUGCAGGAACUGCACAAGAUGAUGAGGAGACGCGGUUUCACACAACGGCCUCAGCUUACCAGCUCUCAAGCCUUUGGCAUGGACCGUCUGUUUAUCAUGGACUCCAUCGUCAUGAACAGUAAUACCGUAUACGGACGCGUCUUCUUAAGGCUAGUGACAUCUAAACUGCUUUCUCAACAUCCAAGCUGCUGCGUCAAUUUCUUCAUCCUUUGCUUAUUCAUUGCAUCUUCAUCUUUUCAACAUGGGUUUUCAGCCUAACUAUGAAAAAGAAGCCAUACAAUUCAUCUUCUCCAAGGAUCUUUUCAGGAGUGCUUCUCUCUGCUGCAGGAAAUUACACAGUCUCUAAUGUUCCGAAGGAAGUUCCCACCCCGACCGCGACCCGUGGACGACAAGCUGGCAGAUAUGCUGGGAUUGGGCAUGGGUAUCAUGGGUGGACUCCUACUAGCCGAUAUGCUUCUAUAGUACAGAGGCGCGCUUCUACGGUGAGAAAUCCAGAACUAGUCGUGGUAGCUCCAUUUGAGUAGUUAUUCCAAAUAUUAGUACUACUUAAAAGAACGAGUCUCCAGGAGGAAGAGAAGGAACAAAGGACGAUUAAGGCUUCCAGGAAUCCAUCUUCAGUUAAGGCUCAAAACAAUCAUUUCUGCAAGUCAUUUCUUGCAGUUUCCUUCUUGGGAUUCUGAAGAAAUGCAGACAAGAAAUGAAACGUUUUGAGCUCUAAAUGAUUCCAAUAGUGGAGUACACACAUGACAAGGCGUGCUUCUGCAGAGAACCUCUACCUACUUAGGCGUUUUUUUGCGAAGGAAGUCCAUACUCAUCGGUGCAGGAGAUGCAACCUUCGUGUAACUCGAGAUGCCACAACCAACAAAGGGAGCGGAGGUUGCUGUAGCCAGCUAGUUCGCGCCGAGACGUAUUAGCAGCAACUAGCGCUUCUUAGCAGCAACUAGCGUGCAACCUGCAUCAUGUGGCCGCGCUUACUGCAGGCGUUCGGUAGUCGUGUGCACCCGGAGAUCGUAUGAAGAGCUUGAGGCUACAGGGCGGAUCCGUUGCCACGCCUGUCUCUGGCCCCAGCGUGAGAGGUGACGUUGCGCUUUGUUGUAAAGCUGUCUCUGCAGCAGAAGCCUUACGAGAAUUGCACAGGAGCGUUACGGAGAUCCUUGUGAAGAGACUCUUGGUGUGCUACUACUUGUAAAAGCGCUCGGAGCAGGAUAGGCUCCAUUCUAUUCUCGAUAGCAGGGUAGACUCCAAAUUUUGCAGACAGCGACUGAGCUGACGUAGUUACGUUGAUUGUAUCUCUGAUAAACAAAUCACAAUUCAUCGGCACUUCUCCUGGC